AUGAGGAACACAACUAGAGGCGAACGGCAAGGCGUAGGGCAUGGGGCGUGGGUGAGGUGUGUGGGGUAUGGGAUAUGGGGCAUGGAGCAUCGGGAAUGGGGCAAGGGGCAUGAGGUAUUGGGCAUGGACUAUGGGGUAUGGGGCAUGGGGCAUCGGGAAUGGGGCAAGGGGCAUGAGGUAUUGGGCAUGGACUAUGGGGUAUGGGGCAUGGGGCAUUGGGAAUGGGGUAAGGGGCAUGAGGUAUUGGGCAUGGACUAUGGGGUAUGGGGCAUGGGGCAUUGGGAAUGGGGUAAGGGGCAUGAGGUAUUGGGCAUGGACUAUGGGGUAUGGGGCAUGGGGCAUUGGGAAUGGGGUAAGGGGCAUGAGGUAUUGGGCAUGGACUAUGGGGUAUGGGGCAUGGGGCAUCGGGAAUGGGGCAAGGGGCAUGAGGUAUUGGGCAUGGACUAUGGGGUAUGGGGCAUGGGGCAUUGGGAAUGGGGUAAGGGGCAUGAGGUAUUGGGCAUGGACUAUGGGGUAUGGGGCAUGGGGCAUUGGGAAUGGGGUAAGGGGCAUGAGGUAUUGGGCAUGGACUAUGGGGUAUGGGGCAUGGGGCAUUGGGAAUGGGGCAAGGGGCAUGAGGUAUUGGGCAUGGACUAUGGGGUAUGGGGCAUGGGGCAUUGGGAAUGGGGUAAGGGGCAUGAGGUAUUGGGCAUGGACUAUGGGGUAUGGGGCAUGGGGCAUUGGGAAUGGGGUAUGACCGUAUUGGGCAUGGAGUAUGGGGUGUGGGGCAUGGGGCAAGAGGCAUCGGGGAUCGGAUCGGGCAUGGGGGGCAUGGGUCAUAGGGCAUAG